AUGGCUGCGUCACAGUAUGCCCGCCUGCGGGAGCAGACUAUGGGCUCGCAUGAGGACGAGGAGGCGGUUACGGUUAACACAAGAGCACUAAUCGACAAGGUUUUGGCUCGCUAUUCCGGAGAGUGGACGACGCUGCGAGAGUUGAUACAGAACGCGGCGGAUGCGCAGGCUAAGAAAGUGACGAUACGUUUUGAGACACUACCUUCCGCAUCAGUACCUCUGCCUCAGAGUCAAGACCAGUCCGACCACCUCCGGCAUGUCUUGCUCCACCAUACGCUGAAGACACUGUUGGUCAGCAACGACGGCGAGCUGUUUCAAGAGAAUGAUUGGCAACGGCUGAAGAGAAUAGCGGAGGGCAACCCCGAUGAGACGAAAAUUGGCGCGUUCGGUGUAGGCUUCUACUCCGUUUUUGCGGACUGCGAGACGCCGUUCGUCAGCUCCGGCAAGCAGACGAUGGCGUUUUAUUGGAAGAAGGACAGCUUGUUCACACGAAGAGGGAGGCUACCGGAUGAUCAGGCGACUGACGGUACUACGUUUUUGCUCGAUUACCGUAGUCCAAAUACGCCCGUGCCACAGCUGCUGAGUCUCUGUCAGUUCUUGGCGACAAGCUUGACGUUCGUGGGGUUGGAAGGCAUCGAUUUAUGGCUGGACGACUGGAACAUCUUAUCACUCACGAAGAAAAUGGCGCCCGGAGCCAGCGUGAGCAUACCCAAAGACGUCAAUCCGAAGACGAGAGAUGGCCUGAUGAAGAUCGUGGAUGUGGAGUACCAGAGUGCACAAAUUGACGCGCGGUGGAUGAACGUCGUUGGCUGGAACAGGGCGUUAACGACCAUGCAGAUGCCAACAACGCUGUCCCAGCAGGAUACGUCCGGCGGGUCUUUGCGCAGUUGGUUCAGCCGCUUGACUAGCGGUCCGGCGACCACGAACCUGGCGACGAAGCGAGCGCAAAGAGACGAGGAGGCGCUUCAACAGGCGCUCUCAGAAGACUUGGCAGGCUUCAGUCAGGCGACUGUGUUCCUGAGACUCAGUACCGUGAACGUGCAGACGUAUGUGAGCAAGCAGCUAUCGGCUGAGCUGGAACGUGCGACGAAGAAGCCGCCACCGAAGCAUACCCGAAUAGCAAUCUUAACGUCUUCCUACGAUGAGUCUGCUGCGGCUGUAGCUUCUGGAGCAGGCUCGAAACAAUCAAGCGCAAUUUUCUCGUCUGUCCUACCGACCAAGAACGGUAAGGUUUUCAUCGGCUUUCCCACCGCACAAACGACUGGCCUUCUUGCGCACAUCUCCGCGCCCUCUGUCAUACCCACUGUUGAACGUGAGUCGAUCGAUCUGAAUGCACGACACGUCCGCGACUGGAACAUAGAGAUGCUGCGCGUGGCCGGUAUCGCUUGUCGCAUAGCGUACACGGGCGAGAUGGCAGAGUUGAAGGCGAAGCUCGAGCGCACAAUCUCCGCAAGCGGCAACAAGAACGUCACGAAGGAAGACCUUGCGGCGGUCAUGCCAUCAGCCAUUCACGCAUACAAGCAGUAUAACUACGGAGAGUCCACGCCAUCGGCGAAGGUGGGCCAGUAUAUCGAAGAAGCCUUCUGGAUGUGCAACCAGAAGGCCAGCAUCGACGUGCUCAGCACUAGAGGCGUACUUCCAAGUCAACAAGUGAGAGUGGCGACGGAGGAGCUGAGCUUCGUGGAAGGAAUACCAGUCAUCCCAGAGGAGCUCAUGCUUAAGGCGAACGACUUUCUGACGAAGAUACAAGAUUAUGGCUUGCUUUCUGACAUCACGACUAGCGACAUCAAGAAGGAGCUGGAGGCUCAGGCGCUGACGGAGCAGCAAGUCACAGAGCUGGUAAAGUGGGCUUGCGGCAAAGUGUCGAGAGAGGAACUUGACGCUCAGGCUGUGCAAGCGCUAUUCGAUGGUACUGUGGCGAGCAUCAGCGCAGAGUAUGUGAAUACGUCACCAAGCCCCGUUCUGCAGCUAGGCAGCGUGAAGAGCUUCGUCAAUGUCGCGAAGAUACCGGCAGAGAUGCCUGCACCGCCGCAGACCAUACCUUUCAGGCUGACGAAAGGCCUCAACCAAAAGCAGCUCGAGGCAAUUGGCUGGGAAGAGCUCCAGAUUGUGCCUUGGCUGCGCUGGAUCAUCGAAAGCGAUGGCCAAGGCUUUGGAGGUAGCCAAAGCUUGACGGCCACACCAGCUGUGGCUGUUCAGGUUCUUCCGGUCGUGUCGAAAGCAUGGGACAGCCUGUCCGCCUCGAGCAAGCAAACCGUCACCGAGCUGCUUGUGCCGAGAACAGUGAUACCCACAAAGCUCGGCAUGCGUAAGCCACCGCAAGCAUACUUCGCUAGCGUCAAGCUGUUCGACGACUUGCCCACCAUCACAAACCUGCAAGGCGUGAAGGAGAAGUUUCUGGUUGCGCUCGGUGUUCGCAAGACGAUUGAACUCAAUGUAGUCUUUGAGAGGCUAAUGGCGAAGUCCACGGCUGGCGUAGCCGAGGAAGGUAAGUGGAGCCAUGUCGAGUUGAUCAAGUACCUUGUCUCGGUCAAGGAUGAUAUUCCGCAGGAGGAUCUGAAGCGCUUGCGGAACACGCCGAUCUGCACGGCGGAAACGCAGUCCGGUGACUCUACAAGCAAGGGUAAGCUUUACCGCCUGUCUGAGCUCUAUGAGCCGUCAGACCAGAUACGCUUGCUCGGCCUACCGAUCCUGCAAUGGCCUGCACCCUACAGACCCAACACCCCUGAAGGUCGGUUUCUGAAAACGCUCGGACUCCAGCCCUUUCCAUCAGUCAUGGAUAUUGUUAACAUCCUCAGCAAGGCGCCGGCUGGAAGCCAGCUCCAGCAGACAGCCAUCAACUACUUCAUCAUUAACGCGUAUCAGAAUGGCUAUAAUCGCUAUCCCAUGGCAGAGAUCGACAAAGCUUUCCUACCCGUACAACCGUUUGCUGGCGAAGGAAACAAUCUGAUCGCCAAGCCCUCUCAGUGCUAUGCAAACCCGCAAUGCGCCGUUUUGCGUUUCCGCACGCUCAGACAGGACCUGCAGAUUCACCAUCAGCUGUUUGGCGUGGCGCUGGACCCGGCUAUUGAUGUGGCAGCGGAGAGGCUCAUCAAGGCGCCGCCAGGCAAUGCUGCCUCCGCUCGAAUCUUGUUCGCUUACUUCGGUGACCGCCUCAAUGAGAUUGGACCCAAUGGACAUCUCGCGGAGAAGCUGGGUGAGGCGCUCAUUGUACCCAUUCAAGACCCGUCGGAGAAGCGACCGGUGAGAUUCGUGGCGCCGAGGGCAUGCUUUUUAGGCGACAGCUCCACUUACGGCGACAUAUUCGACUUCGUCGACUUUGGUGCCGAGGCGAACUCCUUUCUGCUUCGUGUUGGUUCGAAGCAUGAGCCGAGCGCAGCGGAGAUUGCUGGGAUGCUUGUGCGGCAGCCGGCGAGGUUGCUGCAAACGCUGGGUUCAGAUAAGUACCUGCAGCUCUUGCGCAAAGUUGCAGAGAACGCUGCGAACCUGAAGAAAGAUAAGGCGUUGUGGCAGCAACUGAAACAGGCGCCGUGCCUGCUUGCGGUGAAGGAAGUGAUUAAGACGGUAGCGGUCGACGACGAGAAAGUGCGCGAUCUCGAUGAGGAGGAGAUGUUCAUCAAAGAGUACUCGCUUGCGAACGCGCCAUCAAUGGUCAUUGUCGAUGAUUUCACGACGUACCGGCUCUUUCAGUCGAGCUUGCUUACUGCGCCGCAAGAGGAAGUCAUAGAGAAUCUGUAUUCAGCGCUUGAGACACCUUGGCUGAGCCGGCUCGUCGAGGACGACCAACGCAUGGGAGCUCUGCUUAGAGAUCAGAGCUCGGCGCAGAAACUGCAGAAGCUCAUUGUCGAGCGAUGCCGACUCUUUCUGCACGAUCAUACCGCCGAUGUCAUUAGGCAUGAUGCCAAGUGGCUCGAGCAGAACCUCACCGUUAAGCUUACCGAGUUUCUGCACGUCACACGGCGGCUGAAGGGCUACCGUAUGCAGUUUGUCGAGAAACGAACGGCAGCUCUACAUCGUGAGAGUAAGCGCGACGCGACGCUGUACGUCACGGCCAAGUACGACUUGUACGAGAUCAGCCGCGCGAUCAUGACUUUGUUGCUCAAGCGGCCGAGGCAACAAGACUUCCUGGCGUUGGAGACGAUCCUUGAGUCCGAUCUUAGAAGGUUGAAGACGAAGGGGUACAAUGUCGACCGCAUAUUGCGGCAGAAAGCGGCCGAGUCGCGCAUUGCGGAAAGCGAGAGGCUGAAGAGGGAGGAGGAACUGAAGCGGCUGGCUGAUGCCGAAGCUUCUUCGAAGCUCGUACACCAACAGCAGGCUGCCGGGAAUGGUGCCGACGCGGAGCAUACCGAGCAGCCUCCAGUUACGCCCGACCGGCAGCUCUCAAUGCCGGGUGCUUUUGCGAAUUCACCAGAGCAGCGACCUGGCUCGUCCGGCCGUGGGAAGAAGUCCGUAUUAGGCAAUAUCAGCAAAGCGCUAGGCAUCCAGCAAAGCAAUCAGGCGCAGAAUCUCCUCACGAAUAGUGACCACGAUGAGCCGCCACCGUACGAAGCCCGAGAUCCGAGCAAUCGUGGCCGAGCAGUAGCUCCUACUGGGCAAGAGCAGGCCAUGUCGCCUCGCGCCGUGGACGCAACGUUACAGUCCGCCAUUAAAUCAUCGCGUGCCUACAAUUCCCAGUCUCUCUUUACCCGACCUCAUACCGACGAGGUCAAAGAUACGCCAUCAUACUGCGAUAGCAAGCCUGGUCACGACCUUACCUUCGUUUCGGACCUAACAGGCCCGAACGGCAUCAAAUUGUUCCUCUCGCGAAACUCGCCGCACUCCCGCGAUCCCCGUGGCUUCUUGACGGCACACCGCGAUGCACUUGCCUCAUUCACCUACGUCUUAACGGAGAUGGCUACCAUCUUCUCACUAAGCGCGGCAGUACUUAAUAUCUUUCACGAUGAGUCGGGCUCUUCGAUUGCUUUCAAUAGCAACGGCACCGUGUUCUGCAAUCUGAGAUAUUUUGAGCAGUUGCACAUGGCUUCGAUGGAGACGAGCGAGGGCAGAGUGGAGGCCGCAGCGUAUUGGUGGGUCACGCUGUGUCACGAGUUGGCACACAAUCUGGUGGAGGAGCACGACAGCAGGCACAGCUUCUGGACUGAGAGCUUCGUGUGCAAGUACUUCGCGAACAUGAUAGCAUGGGCCGGUGGGCAAGGAGUUGGAUCUUGA